CGGCCUUUCGGAGGUCAGUCUGCGGGCACCCGGAGGGCCGGUCCUUGUUGCCCCCGGUGCCCGGCUCGUGCCCGGAUGGUGCCCGGAUGGCGGCGGCGGCGCCCGGGCGUCUGGGCCGGAAGCGUCCGGUGCCCGCCUGCCCCAACCCGCUGUUCGUGCGCUGGCUGACCGAGUGGAGGGACGAGGCCGCCAGCAGAGGGCGCCGCACCCAGUUUGUCUAUCACAAGGCCCUUCGGUCCCUUCGGAAGUAUCCCCUUCCCCUCCGCAGCGGAAAGGAGGCCAAAAUCCUGCAGCAUUUCGGAGACGGGAUCUGCCGUCAGCUGGACGCCAGGCUACAGCGACACCGAGCCACCGGAGAAGAGGAUGGAGGUCCGGGACCCCCAGAGGGAGAGAAAAGUGACCGUGGGGCCCCGGCUCCCUCAGCGCCCGGGCCCGGAGGAGGACCCCAGCCCCCGUCUCUGCCGGGCCCGGCCCAGCGGACGGCAAGAAGCGCCGGCAGCUACCGACCCCCGCGACGCUCGGGCCCGUACGUGCUGCUGCUGCUCAUGUACCAGGAGCAGAGGGGUCCCAGUGGCCGCAGCGUCCUGUCCAGGGAGGAGUUGCAACAGCGAUGUGAGCGGGAAUUUCCAGGGGUGGCCCCCAGCCGCAGCACCGGACCUUGGCCUGCCCUUCGCUCGCUCCUCCGCAGGAACCUUGUCCUCAGGACGCACCGGCCGGACAGGUACUCGCUGACGGCCGAGGGGCUGGAGCUGGCCCAGAAACUCGCGGAGGCCGAGGGCCAGAGGGCGUCCAAACCGGGGGUCCCCUCGCCCCACUCCGGCCAGGAAGAGGAGCCACUGGAAGGAGCGUCCGCUGAGCUAUGCCCCAGGGGACAGGACCGAGAGGCAGCAGUGGAGCUCCAAGCCGGAGAAUACGAGAUUGUGCUGUGUGUGGACGUCAGUGAGACCACGGGGGGGACCUCCCGGCCCGAGCUGCUGCAGGAACUGCAGCGCCUGCGGGUCCCUCACCUCGUCCGCAAGCUGCACGUCGGAGAUUUUGUCUGGACGGCGCGGGCCCGGGGCGGCGGGGAGCCAGGCCAUCCCGCGGAGCUGGUCCUGGACCACAUCGUGGAACGGAAGCGGCUGGAUGACUUGUGCGGCAGCAUCAUCGACGGGCGCUUCCGGGAGCAGAAGUUCCGCCUGAAGCGUUGCGGGCUGCGGCGCUGGAUCUACCUGGUGGAGGAUCACGGGGCCGCCCAGAACCUCAGCCUCCCGGAGUCCACCCUGCUGCAGGCCAUCACCAACACCCAGGUGAUCGACGGCUUCUUUGUCAAGAGAACCGUGGACCUGAAGGAGUCGGCGGCCUAUCUGGCGCUUGUCACCCGGGGGCUCCAGAGGCUGUAUGAGGGUCAGACCCUGCGCGGCCGGCCUUGGGGAAAGGAAGAGGAAGGGCAGGCCGGAGGCGUCACCCCCGGCCCACCGCGCUCCUUCCUGACGUUCAGAGACUUCAACGCCAGAGCCAUGAAGAACAAGGCCCAGUCGGUGCGGGAGGUGUUUGCUCGGCAGCUGAUGCAGGUGCGGGGGCUGAGCGGGGAGAAGGCCGCUGCCCUGUUGGAUAGAUACAACACCCCGGCCAGCCUCCUGGCCGCCUACGACGCCUGUGCCACUCCCCAGGAGCGCGAGGGGCUACUCAGUACCAUCAAGUGCGGCCCCCUGCAGCGAAACCUGGGCCCAGCCCUGAGCCGCACCCUGGCCCAACUCUACUGCACCGCGGGACCCCUGCCCUGAGCCCCCAGACCGGACCCGUGCCAACAGAGGGGCCGGGCGGAGGGGACGGACAGACAGGCUGGGGGGUCCAGCCCCCAAGGCGUGAGGAUUUUAAUGGGAAAAAUUUUAAUGGGAAAUCUCUUUGGUACAAUAAAGGUCUGUUUUUUUUA